UAUAUCUGGUUGAACGUUCUUCUCUUCUUUCCAGCUUUUGUUGUGCAACUCAUCAAUGUUUUCUUUAGCAAAGUUUUUAGCAGUAAUUUUUUUUUUUCUUAAGUAAAGUUCUCUACAUAAUUUAGAAAGCUUUCAAGUCCUUAAGGUAAGGAUAGAUUUAGUAAGUUUGGUUUUCCUAAUCAAAUUGAGGAACUUCUCUUUUCACGAACUGACAGAUUCUCAAAUUACUUCUGUGUAGUUCCUUUCCAUUAUUAUAGGGAAUCGGAAGUAAAAUUACGGGAAAACACAUGUUUUUCUGAGUCCAAAACUAUGGUUAUAUGCAUGAUGAAUCUGUUGCUGUAAACAAUGUGCUAUUAAUGUAGAUCUGUCCGCUGGUAGGUCCGCUCUCACUAUUUUGUAACUCAGUGAACAUUCCCCACAGGUUGAAGGUCAAGGUGAAGGACCACCUCAAGUCAGAUGCCAAAAAGUUGAAACUGGCCACAGAGGAGCCAGAUGCCAAUGAUGCGUACCUGGCUGAGGUGUUCAAGAAUGGCAUCUGUGUGAAGAAAUACUGGUUGGCCAAGGGGAACUACAUCUGCAGCAUCCCACUAGAAUGCAACGUUUUGGUCCGCUACCCAAAGUUCCCUACUCUGAACCAACCCAACCAGUUUCAGAAGGGCAUGAGAGUGAUCCUGGACCUCACAGACACAGAGGAAGACUUGUAUGCUGAGGCCGUGAUCGAAGAGGCCAUGCCUGACGGACAGCUCAGACUGGAAUAUUCCCUGCCGGGGGACACAAUUAACGCCUGUAUGGAGACCUCAGUCACUGCACCGUUAAUCAGCAUCAAGCAAAUCAAGCACGAGAAAGUGGCGAAAGGAGAGGACCUGGAUGACCCUGACAACAAGUUCAUUCCUCCGCAAGAGGAGAAGGAAGUGGCCAUCCUCAACAUCAGUUCUUUCGAACCUCGAGGUCAGUCUGUGGGUCAACUCUGGUCGGGGAAAGUCUAGGUCUGACUUACUGAGUCCACUUGAUCCAAGUUUCCCUUGUGGGUCGAUUUAAUUUAAUCUUAUCUUUUGUUGUCUUAUCUUAAGUGUGCACGAGAGGGGGUGGGGUAAAGCCAGAAUGCAUCUCAGUUUUUUUCGCCGUGAAUAUGCACUCACUACUUCCAUUUUAUAUAUUUUCCUUUUAUCUACUUACAUUUUAUACUUCUACUUUAUUUAUUUCCAUUUUAUCUACUUGUUCUUUACUUCCAUUUUAUCUACUUCCAUUUUAUUUAUUUCCGUUUUAUAUACUUUCAUUUUAUGUGUUUUACAUAAGCUGUUUGCGUAAGGACUGUGAGAAACUCUUCUAUCAUUCAUAGUGAAUAGGACCAGAAUAUUUUAUUUGCUCUGCUUCCUGGAUUAACUUCUGUCACAAAGAUUUUAUACAAACAUCUGUUAUGUAAUUGUUAAUCUCUUCAACUUGCACACAGCAGACAUGGGUUCAAUUUCCCUAUGGGGAAAAUAUUAUUUGAAUAUCUCUGUUUUUCCAGUGGGAUGUAGUAACAACUAUAGACAAGAUGUGGUACUGAAAGGCAAGAUGGAAACAGCCUGACUUUGAAAUUGUCAAAGUGGUUUUAAUUGUGGUGUAAAACAUUUACAGUUAUUUCCAGUCACGGCCUUGACUAAGAGAGCUUAGAGAAGCACAAAAUGGGGUCAUAAGUAACAAUAACUAUCUCAGCAGAUCCUCUAUGUCAUAUUUUGUUGUUCCAGGCAACAUCGCCAUCACCAAGAGGGCGUACAUGUUCCCUCCCUCUCAUCUCCUGACUGCGGUAAGUUGGCUCUUUUCUUCAUGACAAAUGUGCUUCCUUCGCUUUUUUUUUUUAAAGUGUUUUACGGCGCUUGCAACUGCAUAAGUUCAUUCUCUUUACCCAAACUAAAAACAAAAAAUGUAAAGAAAAAAUGAAAAAAAAGCAGGAUUAUUUUUCCAAGCUGGAACAUAUUGGGUGUGAUCAAUGAACUCGUAAUGUGCAAAAGAAAUGAAAUGGAGAAAUCAUCUUUUUAAAGAGUUUAUUUUACUUAUUUUUGUUCCUGUCUUGGGCAGGCUGGACGUGAAGCUAUUGCGGCCAUGGACUCUGAGUGGAAGUCGAACUCGCUGCAGUCUGUGGCUCUGUGCAGAACAGUGCCCACUCGACUCACAGGUAAGUGUGUCUGUCCACCUGAAGGAACCCAGGUGUUUCCUGAGUGGUCCCUAUGGUCAAAUGGUCAGUGAAUAUUCGAGCAUUGAAGGGGGGGUCACUCGGGUCUGACCACUUGCAAGACAGAUGUGCUAAACUGCACUGACUAGGGAUUAUAUACAUUGUAUUGAUUGUGUUUUUGUUCAAAUUGAUUAUAGUUUAAGACAGAAGGACCUAAUUGUCCUCAAAGAAAAGGUUUAUCACUUCUGAUUACAGAAAUGUUUAUCACUGCUAAUUACGGAAUAGCUACAGAUAAAUAGAAUUGUAGUGAAAAUAAUAUAUAGUAGAUGUA